AUGUUCACAAUAUCUUUUACAGAUUCCCCACUUCCACAUUCGCCUUCAUUUUCAAAUCGUCUAGUGCACAUCGGAAAUUCGCCGUUGGAAUCGAAACGCCAUUCGCUAAGAGUUGAGCGACCGCGAAGAGCUGAUUCUCGAAAUGAGGAAGAAAUGCUUCUGGAAAGGAACAUCGACCGAGUAGGAGCUGAGAAACUUCUUGAAAGUAGAGGACUUGGCGACUUUUUGUUGAGAUCACGUGGAGAAGGUAGCGCCGCGCUAUCGCUACGAGGCGCUACAGGAGUACUGCACAUCAAGCUCGAGCGACGGGGCGACAAAUGGGUCAUUGGAGAGGGUCCGUGCUUUCGGUCGAUCUCAUCGGCCGUCCACUAUUAUCGACGACAUCCGCUACCCAUACGAGGAUCAGAUCAUCUACUACUGAAUGCAUCGCUCACCAAUACUGUCCGCUUAUAG